AACGUGUCAGUGCACGAGGGCUGUUUCGAACGACUCACCAACCGUACAGCAGAGCGAUGGAAGUGCUUUUUCCCCGAGUAUUUCCUCCCGCUGCUGCACACGCCUCUCUUCAUCGGCAACACCCUCUAUGACUCCUGGCAGAUGAACCACUCUUUCGCCGUCCCAGCAUCCUUCAGCUCCCAGCACUGGGACGAUUGCCGCUUGGCACUGAUGGAUUGCCCCGGACAACUGCUUCGGAAAUUCCACACCUACCGAGCCGAGAUGGUGAAGAAGCUGCAGCCUCUCAUGCAGGCUCGGGUCUUAGCUUCGGUGCCGAACCUGUGGCAGGCAGAACAAGGCUCGGAGCAGGCAGGGACGGAGCGCUGUGGGAGUCAUGGCAUGGGUCUCGAGGGCCAUUGCUGUCAAACCAAGUGA